AUGGCUAGCAUUGGUACUUCUUUGAAAAGGAAGAGAAAUUGGGAGUGUACUCGAUUCAUAAUUACUAUGAUUAAUUGUGUUGUGUUGCUACAUUUGAUGUUGUACUCGAUGAGAAAAACUAUAUACGAUUCCCAUUAUCUUAAGCUUGAUAAAAACACUAGGAGAAAAAUGAGAUUGCACAACUUGAAUAGAAUGAUUAGAGAAAGUGACACUUUGUGUAGGAACUAUCUUCGUAUAAAUCGAUACACAUGUGGUGUACUUUUAGAGAUGGUUAGAGAUAUUGGUGGAUUAAAUGAAACAAGAAACACAUGUUUAGAAGAGAUGGUUGCGGGUUUCUUAUACACAUUAGCUCACCAUAAGAAAAAUAGAAUGAUGGGUGCACAUUUUUAUAGAAGUGGUGAAACUAUUAGUAGACAAUUUCAUGCUUGUUUGUUAGCAAUCUUAAAGUUACAUGCUAUUCUUCUUAAGAAACCAACACCAAUACAAGAGGAUUGCAACGAUGAAAGAUGGAAAUAUUUCAAGGUAAAUGAAAACCAACAAUUUAAUUUGAGAUAA